AUGUACAAUCCUUACCAAGCACCGGGUCACUAUGGCGCCCCCGGCGACUACGGUGGUUUCCCUGGCGCACCGCCGGGUAUGGCACCUCCUCCUGGUAUGGCCGCUCCAGGCAUGGGAGCCCCUCCCGGCAUACAGCAGCAAGAGGCUCACCAACCAGCUAGACCUGGCUCGUUCCCUUCCAAUUUCCAACCUCCGGUCAACAUGCCGAACAUCAACUUCUCCGCGCCCGUCAUUCGACUGGGGACAUCGGGACCCUCGAAACCAGAAGGCCCGGGAGGCCGAGAAGACAGAGACAGAGGCGGUAGAAGAGCGGGACUAGGUUCGGGCAUGGGCUCAGACUUCCGAGAUCGUGGUGGUGACAGAGAUCGCGUCUCUCAAUUACACCCGCCGACGAAAGAGGAGGUCAUCAAGACCAUAUUUGUCGGCGGCAUUACCGAGGGCGCCGGAGGCGACGGAGGCAUCGAACGGAUAUUGCGCGCCGCGGGGAAUCUACGGCGAUGGAUCCGCGCCACCGACGCCGACGACAAGCCUUGCAAGUUUGGCUUUGCAGAGUACGAAGACCCCGAGAGUCUCAGUACGGCCAUAGAAGUGCUAAGGGAUGUUGAAGUCCCUGUCAAACGACAGUCACCCAGUGAAGCCCAACCUGACGAGGAGUCGACGGUGGAAAUGUCCAAAUUAGUUGUCGUGCCCGACGACAAUUCUCUGAGCUAUAUUGAGCAAUGGGAGGAAUCUCACGGCGCAGGUCCGGAACAAAGACAAAUGCGUCUGGAUCAUGCCAGAAGCGCCCUCGAGGCUGUCUUGAAGGACCUUGUCAAACCCAGAGUACCCAUCCAGAAGGACGACCUGUCAAAUAUUGACAGAGAGGGCGACGUCAAAAUGACAGACGGAGCGAAUGGCGACGGGACUGCUGGCGACGUGGUGACCAUCCCGAUCUCGAUUGAAGACGAACUGGCCGAUAUCCCGGCCGAGAUGCGCGAGACGGUGGCCAAGGAAAUCGCGGCUUUCCGAGACAGGAGCAACCGGCGAGAUCUGGAGCGACUAAAGCGGGAAGAGGAAAUCGAACAACAGGAACGGAAUCGCAUGAUGAAUGGAGAACGGUACAACCGACUGGCUUCACCGCCUCCCACUGCGCCUUCGGGGCCUGCAGGUGCUAACGGCAUCCCUGUCGGUCCGCGAGGGGCGCCUGCUGGUCCAAAAGGGUUUGGGCAGCAAAUCCCUCGCGACUAUCAAAAAGGGGUGACGUUUGUGAAUGGGACAGGAAUCAGCGCAGCGUCGGCGUUCGAAGACGAAGACACCGACGCCAGCGACUCGGAGCUGGAACGAAGACGCAAAGCCAAGAAAGAUGCCGAAUUGGAGAAACAGUUCCUCGACCAGGAGCGGCGGUGGCUGAAUCGGGAACGCUCGAGGACGGCGGCCGUGGAGCGAGAAAAGAUGCGUGACAAAGAGGAAGCCGCCCGGCUCGAAGACCAAAAAGAAGCCAUGGCGAAGAGACUACGGGAGUGGAACGACGACAACGAGGCGGCGCGCAAGACCGAAGAAUAUUAUGCCGACCGAAGCAUAUGGAUCCGCAACCGUGCCAGCUUCCGACAACGAGAAAUCGCCAACGACGACGCCGACCGUGCGGCCGAACAACGCGAGAAUGCGAGAGAGUCGCAGCAGCGCGAGCGCGCGGGUGCCAUGGCCGACGAUUUCCUCAGCAGACAGGAAGAAGAGAUGAGCAGACGCGAGCGGGAGCGGGAGCGGGACCAAGACCAACCCCAAAACCAAAAGCAAGAGCAAGAAGAGGACCAACAGCGACACACUCGUCGGGAGCCGGCCAAGUUCAAACUGUCGCUGGGCGCGGCGGCGCAGAAGGUCGCGGCCCAGAGCGCGUCGCAAGCGGCCAAACGCACCGUGGCCGAAGUCGAAGGUCUGCUCGAAGACGAAGAGGACGAUGCCGGCGCCGGUGCUCGCAAACCCUUGGUCCCCAUCCAGUACGACGCGUCCAUGACUUCGACCAUGACCGAGGAAGAACGUGCCCAGGCCGCCCGGCAACUCGCGGCCGAUAUCCCCAACGACAAAGACGGGUUGUGGAACUGGGAUGUCAAAUGGGAGUUUGUGGAUGAAAGCAUCAUCGAAGAGCGCUUGAAGCCGUUCGUCGAGAAAAAGGUCGUCGAGUAUCUCGGCGUCCAGGAACAGAUGCUGGUCGAUGUCGUCGUGAAUGCUUUGCGUGGCAGAGGCAAGCCGCAAGAUCUGGUGGGCGAGUUGGAAGGGGCUCUCGACGAAGAGGCCGAAGUCCUGGUCCGCAAACUCUGGCGUAUGCUCAUUUUCUUCUCCGAGUCCGAGAAGCGAGGUCUUUCCGCGUAG